AUGGAUUCUAACUAAGAGCACUAGAUAUCAGAUGAUGAAAUGGAAUUCGAUAAGGAGACAGACGAUCCUGAGUUGCAGCGAUUCAACUAAAAUCUCAAAGAUCAGAUGAAAAAGAUAAAAAUAUCUAUGUACAGUCAAGAUCAAGUCAUGGAAUACUUCAAUCGGAGAAGCAUUGAUUUUUAUAGAAGAGACAAAAAGGAGCUCUAAAUCACUAAUGGCUUUGGAUUUGUAUAGGACACGAUUAAGAUUGAUGAUGAUAGAUCUACGGCAACAUCAUGCGACUAGUUUUAGCCUUUAAGACUGUCUGAUAGUGCACCAAAAGUAGACAAUAAACAAUUGAAGUAAGAAAAUGCUAGAAUGAAGAAAUGGGUUUAAAUGCUCUAAACUGAUCCUCAUAUGAAAAACUACAAUAAGUAUAAGAAGCGAGUUAGAAAAGGGAUCCCUUAGUCUGUCAGAGGAUAUGCUUGGAAGAUACUUUCGAAAUCAGAUUAAUAAUUAACAUAAUAGUCUGAUCCUAGCGAAUAUUAUCAGUCGCUACUAAAGUAAUAAGGUAAUCAUGAGGUAAUCAGAACCAUUUUCAAGGAUGUGACAAGGACCUUUACUGAUCAUGUGUUCUUUAGAGAUGAAUUCGGGUAGGGGCAGAAGACAUUGUUUUGUGUCCUAAAAGCAUUAUCAAUCCAUGAUUAAGAGAUAGGGUAUGUGUAGGGUAUGGGAUAUAUAUCAGCUAUGCUGCUUACAUAGCUAGAUGAGGAGGAUACAUUCAAAUGCAGUUUAACUAUAAUGAACAAGCAUGAAUUCAGAGACAACUUCAAAGAUAAAAUGCCAGGACUCGCAAAAUCAUUUUACAUUCAUCUCUCGUUGCUAAAGAAGUUCAUGCCUAAGAUUCAUGCACACUUUCUCCAAAAUUAUAUGAUUCCUUAGAUCUAUGCUACUUAAUGGUAUAUGACAUUAUUUGCUUCAUCGCUUCCUUACGAAUGCAUACUUAAAAUUUGGGAUAUAUAUCUGGUUGAAGGGACUAAAAUUAUUUAUAGAGUGUGCUUAGCCUUAAUUAAACUGAUUUCUCCGAAUAUGCUUCAGAUGGGAAUGGAUGAACUCUACUCUGGGUUAAAGCAGUUGUAGAAUACAAUUGAUGCUGAUACUCUAAUAAAGACUGCCAUGAGCUUUAAGUUUACUAACUCAGUAUUGAAAAAGAUCGAAUAAAAAUAUACAAACAAACCUGACAAAGAUAUAUUGCAGCAUUGUGUUAUGUCUUGA